AUGCCGCGGAACCCCGGCGGAGACGAAGGCGGCACCGGGCUCUGGAUGAGGACCUCGCCGGUGCAUCGCAACGAAGGUUACGGGUCGAAGGAUGUGGAGUCCGGCCGGAAGAUGAUGAACAACGCGGGAGACGGCUUGCUGUCAUCCUCCGCGACCGCAGGUGCCGCCGGCUCCGAGAGCCUGAGGGGGAAGCAGGGGGCCCGGCUGAGCCUCCUGGGGAAGCCGCUCAUAUACAGCGCGCAGAGCGGCCGCAGGAAUGUGCGCUACCGGCGCCUCCAAAACUGCCUGUACAACGUGCUGGAGCGACCGAGAGCCUGGGCGUUCAUCUACCACGCGUUCGUGUUCGUUUUGGUGUUCAGCUGUCUGGUGCUCUCCGUUUUCUCAACCAUCCCAACUCAUGUGGAAUUUUCCUCCUACUGCCUCCUCAUCCUGGAGUUUGUGAUGAUUGUGGUGUUCGGGUUGGAGUACAUAGCCCGGAUUUGGUCAGCGGGAUGCUGCUGUCGCUACAGAGGAUGGCCGGGACGACUGCGCUUUGCCAGAAAGCCAUUUUGUGUGAUAGACAUCAUAGUGCUGAUAGCCUCAGUGGCGGUGGUGUCGGCAGGCAGUCAGGGCAACAUCUUCGCCACCUCGGUCCUGCGUAGCCUGCGUUUCCUGCAGAUCCUGCGCAUGGUGCGAAUGGAUCGAAGAGGUGGUACCUGGAAGCUGCUCGGAUCUGUGGUCUACGCACACAGCAAGGAACUGGUCACUGCCUGGUACAUCGGCUUCUUGGUUCUCAUCUUCUCAUCGUUCCUCGUCUACCUUGUGGAGAACAAGUUCAACAAGGAGUUUGCCACCUACGCUGACGCCUUGUGGUGGGGCACGAUCACCCUGACAACCAUUGGCUAUGGGGACAAGACACCAAAGACGUGGACAGGACGGAUGCUGUCUGCAGGAUUUGCCCUCUUGGGCAUCUCCUUCUUUGCCUUGCCAGCAGGUAUUCUGGGCUCAGGCUUUGCACUGAAGGUCCAAGAGCAGCACAGACAGAAGCACUUUGAGAAAAGAAGAAACCCAGCGGCCUACCUCAUCCAGUGUGUCUGGCGUAGUUAUUCGGCUGAUGAGAACUCGGUGUCCAUUGCUACCUGGAAGCCUCACUUGAAGGCGUUGCAUACCUGCAGCCCUACAAAGAAGGAGCAGGGAGAGUCGACCACAAGCCAAAAGCUGAGCUUCAAGGAGCGGGUCCGGAUGGCGAGCCCUCGAGGUCAGAGCAUCAAGCAGAGGCAGACGUCUUCAGUGAACGACCGGCGGUCCCCAGUGGCUGAAGCCGGUACCGAGGGCACCAGCCCCGCCAAGGUACAGAAGAGUUGGAGCUUCAAUGACCGCACACGCUUCAGACCUUCACUCCGCCUUAAGAGCCAGUCUCGCUCCACCACUGAUGCAACAGACAUGGCCGGGGACGACUGCUUUGACGAGAGGGGCUGUCACUGUGAGAUCUCGGUGGAGGACUUGCUGCCCUCAGUCAAGUGUGUCAUUAGAACUGUCAGGAUAAUGAAGUUCCAUGUGGCCAAGAAGAAGUUUAAAGAGACGCUGCGUCCUUACGAUGUGAAGGACGUGAUUGAACAGUACUCUGCCGGUCACUUGGACAUGCUGUGUCGCAUCAAGAGCCUUCAGACCAGGCUGGACAUGAUUGUCGGCCCACAGCCACUGAGCAGCAGAGCCAAAACCUUCUCCUCCCCCUCUCUCCCUGUCUAUUACAGCCAGAGCAGAAAGAACUCAACUCAGGGAGUGGACCAAAUCCUUGGGAAGGGCCAGAUCCCUCUGGAUAAGAAGAUUCGAGAGAAGCUGCUAUCUGAUGGAGACAUAUUGGAGGACAUGAGCAUGCUGGGCCGUGUCUGUAAGGUGGAGCGACAGGUCCAGUCGAUUGAGUCAAAACUUGACUCCCUGCUUGACAUUUAUCGUCAAGUUUUGCGUAAAGGAUCAUCUUCAGCCCUCACCCUCUCCUCUCUUCCGCUGUUCGAGUUGGAACAGACCUCUGACUACCACUCCCCCGUCUUCAGCAAAGACCUGUCCUACUCCACCCAGGUCAGCAGCAGUGGGGCGCCUCCACCUGGUGGCUGCGUCACACAUUCUGCCACCAACUCCCACCUCACCCAAGGAGGACUCCAUCUCAUCCUGGCGCCACCCAAUGAGCUCAACCUCAAUCUCUCCUCUUCAACGCCUCCCUCUGGCCUUGCAUCCUCCUCUUUCAGCCCGUCGACACUUCCUCAUCACCAUCAUCAUCACCACCACCACCAUCAUCAUCCUCAUCAUUCCCAUCAUCAUCAUCCCCAGGGUCAAGCCACCACGCCUGAAAGUGGAACAGAUGAGGCUGUAGGGAGUUCUCCACCCAUCCUCACCCCAAAUAGUAUCAGUGGUGGAGGAGUGGGAGAUGGAGGGUUUCCUCUUCUGCCAGGGCUUCCACCACCGCUCCCUCCCAGCCAAAGUGGUGGCCCAAGCAACUUGGUGCGAGCGACCUUCCCUGAAACAACCCCCAACAUGGAGGGUUUUUGUAGAGGUCUAGGGACACAGAUGGAGCAGAGCAGUGUCAGGGAAAACCUUGGCCUUGGGUUCGGGCUGGGCAGACUGGCGCAGCAGCUCAAGGGCAGCACCAAUAGCAAUGGCAGGCUUAACACUAAGGAGGAGGGCUCCUGGAGGAGGCAUAUGAGUCUCGAGCUCGAGCCCCUGGUGCCGCCAGCCCUGGGCUGCUGCUCUGGCCCCUCUCAGAUGGACCGAGGACUGGGCAAGUCCAUGUCAGUGCAGGACCUGAUUCAGGCACCUCCAGUAGCUGUCCAGGAUUCCCACCAUAGCCACAGCCUGUCUUCGCCAAGCCCUAGUACAAGCAGUGACUCCCCAGUUGGCUUCCACAGCUAUAGCCAAGACCCGGGGGGAAGAGGAGGGGGUGGUGGUGGUGUGGGCAGGAGUGGUGGAGCUGGAUGGGGUGAGGAGGACCUCUUAAUCACUGACAGGGACAUAGAGACACAGGGAUUUGACUUCCUGUCACAGGGGACUGCUGAAGCCCACUCCUACUCCUCAGAGCUCCUGCGGACAGGGCCAAGAGCAGGGGCAGGAUCCCCAGGCUCUAACCAUAGCCUGGCCAGCAUUCCCGCGUCCUCACCCUCCGCUGGCAGCACCGAAAUGCUGAACAUGCCUUGUGUACGGCUAAAAUAGAUAUGAGUAGAAACGGCACACGAAUCUCCCACAACAGAAACGUUUUUUAUCCUUUUGGACCGGAGAGGGAGGGUGGGACUACAAUAAGGGGACCUUUUUUGUUAAUUUUUAUUUUGAUCCAUUUGAUAAGAAUCACAGUAUUUUCAUACAGGAUGAUGCAUAUCAUGCAUGAGUUACUCUUCGUUUUCAAGUAUGUGAGGUAAAGAUGAAGGCUUCUAUAGAGGGGACCAUAGUCCCCAAAAUCCUGAGACUAUGACAUGAAGUCAACUAAACUCUGCCCUGUGUGACAGUAAUUUACGGGACCUUGAGACAAAGCAUGAAGGCAUGGACACCUAGCGCAUGGAAAAGUCUUUUAAAAACUACCACACACAUCUGUCGUACACAAUUGAAAGAAAAAUGGGCCUCAAUAAUGAAUUGCCAAAUUACAGAGGGCCAAAGUAAACCGAAACGUUCUGUUCUAGAAGUAAGAGAACCUCACUCAAAACCCUUAUCGAUGAUAACUAAAAGUCCAACAUUAGAACAGAGCUAUUUUUAACUGUAUGUCAUGUGACUUGCCUGUUGUUUUGAAAAACAAAGUAUUAACGUUAAUUAUUCUUAGUAAUCUUUUUUAGUGACUUUGAACAAACAAAAAUUUCCCAUGAGCUCUAUACAUAGAAGGAGUAUCCCACGACUCGAUUUUUUUUUGUUAGUGUUUUUCACCAAGAGAUGCAAAGAUGCUAGAGUUAUGGAGGCUAGUGGAACAGAGGAGAGCUCAGAUGUGACGCAAUGACUUCAGCUCUGUGUAAGAUGUUUCUGUCUCUCCAAUCACAUGACAGGCUUCCAUACUGAAAUGAAUGUUAUUUCACCAUUGCUGAACUUUUAAUUCUCCUUUCUCGUCACUAUUUUAAUUUUGAAAACUCGAUCUCCCCAAAUUUAUACGCUUUAACAAGACAUUUUACAACUAUCCUGAACCAGUGACGGUGGUUUCCUUUAAUCUUUUUUCAGAAGUAACACACCAGAAAAUGGUGUUUAUUCAAGAUUUAGAUCCUAAACCACAACCAAGAAUACUUAAUACAGCUCAAAGAUCCAAUGUUAGAUUUUUCUAUUUAUUAUUUCUGCAGUCUCAGGCAUCUAUUGGAUUUCAAUCAUUUUCAUAUAGUAAAAAAGAAAGGCACUCAGUGGAGGGCAUAGAUUCGCUGAGGCCCAACAGACCCCUUAAAGUCAAUCAUCGAGACACACAAAUAGUCCUCUAGAUAUGUCUGAUUUUCAUCAAGACCCAUGAAUUGGUACUUGAAGAAUUGGUGAAAAUGUCCAAGAAUGCCGUAGUUCGCAACAUUUAAGAAAAUAAUAAAAUAAAAUCCUGGAUCUGCUCCGAGAACUAAUGGGUUCUUCCAUGGCCCAUGACCCAUCUCAACAAGUUUCAUGGAAAUCUGUUCAGUAGUUUUUGCAUAAUCCUGCUGACAAAACCUCCUCAGUGGAGGUAAUUCAGUAACUGUCUCCUGAAAUGUACUUGACUUGUAUAAUAAGAUAGUGAAGGUCAUUUUUGUCAGUGUUGUAUCAUCAUUGCAGUUUUGCAGUUCAAGCACAACGAGUUGUGAAAGUUACCUCAUAACAGUGAAGUCACCAACAGAGGGUUUUCAAAUUCUGUGUGACAGACUUACACAUCAUACGGCCAACAAUACUGGACCUUUCUGAAACCGCUUGUGUCCAAGGGACUUGUAGCUAAUAAACUAAAAACAUGCAAAACUACAGGAUUGGGUUUUGUAAAUAUUUCCCCUCUUUAACUUUGAUUUGGUGAGUGUGCUAGAUUGAUAACUUUACAACUACCUGCUACUGAGGUGUAGAGGUGCCAAGUUACUUAUCUAAGCCACUUCUGCCAACACUCAUCUCUAGGAUGAGAUGCAUCAUGUUUGAAAGCACAUAUCCACAGCUGUAUACGCACACGUUCAGAUAAGACAUGCUGAUAACACACUCAGCCAGCUGUGAUGUUGCAUGUCCAUUGUGCUGUGUUGAAUCUGAGGCGGUGUCCAGAGAGGAACAUGGAGCAGCUGUUGAACACGUUCGGAUCAAUGAUGCACCGAUCGGCUGUUUUUCCAGCUGACGACAGCCGUGGAUUGAAACACACCUUGAAUGUCAUUUGUCAUUUAGCUUAAACGACAGUUUGUGUUAUUUUGUCAGCACGGGAGCGUCUUAGCAAAGCACUUCAGAAUCAGACACUGACAGAAAUCUAACUUUGAAUUACGUCAAAAUGAAUUGUGUUGAAUUAUUAGCUUUUUUGCCCCCCUGUUUUUACAUGAAAUUAUAAUAUUGAAGUCAUGGUCAAUAUUUGCUUUUGUUUUCAGUAUAAUUAUUCGUAUUGCUUCCUUGAAAUGGAAUCACUGCAGAAUGUAUGACUUAUUUUCAUUAUUACACCAAGAAAACGAAUGACCAACACUCUCCUCCUGCUGCAUGGUACAGAUUCAGGUACAUCAGGUAAGGAUUGUUGGUUUCCUCCAGGUAGUUGGAAAAUAAUUCCAGCACCACAACAUGCAGCGCGUAAAUACUUCACACAAAGCCUCAGUGGUGUAAUCGCGCUUAUCGAGCAGUACCUCAGUGUUUUCUGAAGAGUCAGACCAGGAUGUGUGAGGGAGGCCGGGAGGCAGUUUGCUUUUAAGUGGAUUUUACUUUCUUUAAGAUAUUUAAAUAUACUUUGCAUGGAGGUUGUCAUAUUCAAACCUAUUUAUAACUGAAAGUGAAUGCCACACCAUUAAAACAAUGAACCAUUUAUGGUUCAAGAUGAUUUGCCAUAGAAGUAAAAGACCCCAGUUCACCCAAGUCUGCAUUGCAUACAGUAUAAUGGUGCCUUGCUUUUGUUGUACAUUUCCAUCUCCAUACGGUUUCCUGCAAAGUGCAUCAGGUACCUCUGAACAGAAAUGGUUGCACUGUUUUCAUUUUGUCUCCUUGUAAAUGUUCUGACUUGAGGCAUUAUACAGCUUUUUAUUCAGAGACCAUUUUGCUACUGGGCACAAAACAGGCCUUUGACAUGUUAACAUUCUCUCUUGUUUUUUUUAUUUAUUUAAAUUAUGUGCACAUAUUUACACAGAAGUAAUAAUCUCAGUUAGAUUAAUGAAGCCUGUAAUGUAAUAAAAAUGCAAGUUGACUUUUAUUCUCAUUCAUUAAUAAAGGAAAUUCUAUGACAA